AUUAGGCAUAGGAACUCUCGCGGGAAGUAGCUAUAGAAACCGAGCCGCUUCCUCUCAGGGUGCAAAACGGCAGAGAAGCUCCUCUUUUCUUGGGGCAGGUAUUUCGGAAGGUGCGGUUGGGAGACUGGCGCCUUUAGCUUCACCGAGGUUCAGAACACCUGUCCUAGGAGAGACCUACUUCGUUUCUCCUGGCUCCGAGUUCUCUCAGGAAUUAGUUAGCUGCGUAGGCUGGACAACAGCAGAUGAACUAUAUUCAUGCAGCGAUGAUCACCAGAUUAUAAAAUGGAACUUGUUAAAUGGAGAAACAGCACAAGUUGUCAAACUUCCUGAUGAUAUCUAUCCUUUAGAUCUUCACUGGUUUCCUAAAAGUUUAGGUGGAAAGAGACAAACCCAUGCUGAAAGUUUUGUACUUACAAGUUCUGAUGGUAAGUUUCAUUUGAUUUCCAAAACUGGAAGAGUUGAAAAAAGUGUAGAAGCCCACUGCGGAGCUGUACUUGCAGGAAGAUGGAAUUAUGAAGGUACCGCACUUGUUACAGUUGGUGAAGAUGGACAAAUAAAAAUUUGGUCCAAGAGUGGAAUGCUAAGAUCCACAUUAGUACAACAAGGAACACCUAUAUAUUCAGUAGCAUGGGGUCCAGAUUCUGAAAAGAUUCUUUACACAUCAGGAAAACAAUUGAUUAUCAAACCACUUCAGCCAAAUGCUAAAGUUUUACAGUGGAAAGCUCAUGAUGGAAUUAUUCUAAAAGUUGAUUGGAAUUCUGUCAAUGAUCUUAUUUUGUCAGCUGGGGAAGACUGUAAAUAUAAGGUAUGGGAUAGCUAUGGUCGUUUGCUGUAUAGCUCACUGUCCCAUGAAUAUCCUAUCACUUCUGUUGCUUGGGCUUUGGAUGGGGAAUUAUUUGCUGUUGGAUCCUUUCACACAUUACGACUUUGUGAUAAAACAGGGUGGUCCUAUGCUUUAGAGAAACCAAACACUGGCAGCAUAUUCAAUAUUGCUUGGUCUACUGAUGGUACACAAUUAGCUGGGGCUUGUGGAAAUGGACACGUGAUUUUUGCUCAUGUUGUGGAACAGCGCUGGGUAUGGAAAAACUUUGGAAUAACAUUAACUAAGAGAAGAACCAUGGAGGUUCGUAAUGUACUUAAUGAUGCAGUGGAUUUGCUGGAAUUUCGUGACAGAGUCAUUAAAGCAUCUUUGAAUUUUGGUCAUUUAGUAGUUUCAACAUCUCUUCAGUGUUACAUAUUCUCAGUUAAAAACUGGAAUACACCUUUAAUCUUUGACCUCAAAGAAGGAACUGUCAGUUUAAUUUUACAAGCAGAAAGGCAUUUUGUUCUUGUUGAUGGUGGAGGAAUUUACUUAUAUUCCUAUGAGGGACGUUUAAUUUCCUCUCCAAAGUUUCCAGGCAUGAGAACUGACAUAUUGAAUGGCCAAACUGUAUCCUUGAGUAGUGAUACUUUAGCUAUAAGGGACAAAUCUGAUGAAAAAGUUAUUGAUCUGUUUGAACCUUUAUCUGGCAAACCAUUAGGAGAUGGAAAACCCCUUAGUCAUAAGACAGAAAUUGUGGAAAUUGCCUUAGAUCAGAAGGGUCUUACAAAUGAAAGGAAAAUUGCUUUUAUUGACAAAAAUAGAGAUCUUUAUAUAACUUCUGUGAAGAGAUUUGGAAAAGAACAGAAAAUUAUCAAAAUAGGAACAAUGGUGCAUACUCUGGCAUGGAAUGACACAUGCAACAUAUUAUGUGGUCUGCAGGAUACACGUUUCACAGUCUGGUACUACCCCAAUGUAGUGUAUGUAGACAAGGAUCUCUUGCCAAAAACUCUCUAUGAAAAGGAUGCAAGUGAAUUUAGUAAAAGUCCCCAGAUCUUAAGUUUUGUUGGCAAUCAGGUAACAAUCAGAAGAGCCGAUGGUUCACUUAUUCACAUUAGUGUUUCACCAUAUCCAGCUAUUCUUCAUGAAUAUGUGAACAAUUUGAAAUGGGAAGAUGCCAUCAGAUUGUGUCGCUUUGUCAAGGAUCAAACAUUAUGGGCUUGUUUAGCUGCUAUGGCAAUAGCCAAUAAAGAUAUGAACACAGCAGAAAUAGCCUAUGCAUCAGUUGGUGAGAUUGAUAAAGUUCAGUAUAUCAGUUCCAUCAAAGAUCUUCCAUCAAAAGAAUCAAGAAUGGCUCAUAUUCUGCUUUUUAGUGGAAAUGUCCAGGAUGCUGAAACUUUGCUUCUGCAAGCUGGGCUUAUUUACCAGGCGAUUCAAGUUAAUAUUAAUCUAUACAACUGGGAAAGAGCACUAGAACUUGCUGUGAAACACAAGACGCACGUUGACACAGUGCUGGCUUACCGACAAAAGUUCUUGGAUGACUUCAAUAAAAAAGAAACGAAUCAGCGAUUUUUGCAAUAUGCAGAAGGGCUUGAUGUUAACUGGGAUAAAAUCAAAGCUAAAAUUGAGUUGGAAAUUGCAAAAGAACGAGAACGAGCUACUGCUACUCCAACAGUCAGAGGAAGCAUGAUCAUUCAGCGCUGAGAGUUGCAUUGAUUUUAUGAAAUAUGAACUUUGUAUAUGUAAUUCAGUAUACUAAGUUACUGAUAAUAUUUAUAUACAUGUUUAGUUUUUAUAGUUAAUUUAGAAAAUGAAUUUGUAUGUAUGUAACCUGCUGGAAUGAUAAAUACAUUUUCAUUAUAAUGUUCAUAUGAGUACUCUAAAUGAACAGAUUUCUAAUAUUAUAUGAAUUGUUUACUACUAAUGAUGCAUGUUAAAUCUGUCACAUAAACAAAUUGUCAGCUAUUCUGAUCAUCAACAGGCUAUUCUUCAGCAUGAAAUCUGAGAAUACAUUUGCUUAUUAUAUGUAGGAGUUCUACAAUUAGGUUUUUUUUAAUGAAACAUGGUAAGAUAUUUUCAGAAAAUAUUCUCAAUUUAAUUUAGCAUAUCCAAUCUUCUUUUGUUAAGAUUUCCUUGUUUAUUUGUUUAUUUAUAUUUACUCUUGUACAAUAUUUAAAUAAACUAUCAUUUGGAAUGAAA